GUGCCUGGUGACAGGUUCCCGGGUUCUCCGCUCCCCUCCCUAUCAUUCCCGCUCUCACUCGGGUGAUAACUGGACCACUUAAUUGAUCUAGAGUAUAACCAGUCAGAUUAUUUUGAGACCGGGCCGUUUAUAGCCUGUGUGUGUUGGUUAGGUGACUAUAUAUAUAUAUUAGUCUUUACUAUGGCUGGAUCGUCUUUUAUUUAACCGAGUGAUAGAAUCCACUUGGAGUUAUCGAGUUAAGUUGUCUUAUGGUGUCAUACAGGGAGCUCCAGUUAUGACUGUAGUGUGUAGAACGCAGUUAUAUUAAUUUUCGCGAGUGAUUGAUAUGUACCCGUAGUUUACUGGACCAAUGUGGGUGAAACCUCGUUGAACCGACGGCCGCCAGAGUAGCGUGUUGGUGGACCGCUGGUACUGAAAUGAGGUAUUGUUAAAGUCAACCUUGACUUAUUAACACGAACAACAGUUUUAAUACAAAACAAUAGGCUGGAAUUUCAAGUGAAAUUGUGGGUAAUUAAUUGUACUCACCAAUCAGACUCACAGACAAGCAGGAAUUGUGGACUCUAAUUACUGUACCGACCCUCGUGACAAGAGGUAGACUACAUCACCACUGCCUGCAGCACCCAACACUGGCUGUCAUGUGUGGGUGCUCGUCUCGCUGAGUGGAGCCUCUUACGGCAGCACAAUAUUAUGAGAAUCACCGACGCGGAGGAUGAUUACACCGUGACAGCAGACCAACGAGCAGCACUGAUGGAGCUAGAGUCGCUCACCUGGAACUACCCCACCCCUCAGCAGGCUCGUUCCCGCACCUCCCCCUCCCUCCUCCCUCAGGCCUCUCACCACCACGACGAUGAGGACGAUGAUUCUGACGAUGAUGAUGACGAUGAUUCCUACUAUGCGGAUAUGGUGUCGUAUGAUAUGACGGAGAGGCUGAAGGAGGUGAACAGAGCGCUUAUAGAAGACCCAACUCCUGCUGAAUGUGACCGAGCCAUCACCGUCCGCUUCAGGGAGGUCAUAGCGGAUUACCAAUCACCCAGAGAUUGCUACCCUUCCGAUUCCGACGAUGGUUACGGAGACUCGUCGGACCUCCUCUACGAUGCGGAAGAAGAGGACGGCUUGACCUCCCUUACCUCCGAGGUCAAGGAGAUAUUGGGAGGUAAUGUCAACGUGGUCGACCUGAUGGCUGACUUGACCCAGGAGAAUGGCUCUUUGAAUCAUAACACUUUGAUGGAGAACCUGACUAACAUAGACCAGGAGGACACCAGUGGAGACAUCAAGAGUCUCAUUGUUACUAAUGAGUCUAAAGUCAAAUGGAACGACAACAGACAAGAGGAGAGUAAAGCUGACGUUCCCAGACUCCAACUUGGAGGCCACCUAGACGAGUCUCAGGUCAAGCCAGCGGUCAAUUAUCUCGUCGAGGAGGAUCGAACGAGGUCAUGUUCACAAGUCCCCUGUGAGAAGAGGCUGUUGAAAGUGGACGAAUCUGGUCUGGCUGAUCUAGAAACUUUUAUUAAGGAAAAUGACACUUCGGAUAUCCUGGAGCGUUUAUCCGGGGACUCACUUAACCCGCCCGAGGAGGAGGUUAAAGAAGGCACGAUGUCCCUCAUAGAAGUUAGUGAAGGAGAACAUAUAGACAAGGGCCAUAGCAGUUUAGGGGACGUAGUUAAUGAAGAGUUAAUAAUAAAUGAACGUAGCCUCGAGGCAGACACACAAACAAAUACUUUCUUCCAGAGGAGAGAAUCUAAUGACAAUUUAGAACCAACAAAUCUUCAGCUUCCAGCCAAGAGUGACGCCGACUUUGCUUCCUUCGAGUACAGCGACGACUUCGAAGACUUCCAAGACGAAUCAGAACGCCCGGAGACUGAGAGUAAGGAAGAGGAAAGUCCUGCGUCUCCUGUCGCUCCUCUUGCGUCUCCUGUUCAGUCUAAGGCAGACCCUCCGGAGCCGUCAGAGGUCAGUUGUAAAACACCUGAACGAACACACGGAAGCAAAAGCGCACACAGCUCAGAGGUUUCUGGGUCUCAGAAGCAAGGACACAGAAGUAGGAAGGAUCAGAGCCCAAGGAAGUCUACAGCGGCGUCUGUUGAGAGGAGUAAGAAGAGGACGGACAGUAAGUCCCCGCCAGACGUCUCUAAGUCCUCCGCUCUCCCCAGAACAAAAUCCAAGCACGUGGCCGCCGCCCCGCCCAUGAUCAAGCCCGCCCUCUUGUCCUCUGAUAAACUCAACAGCAUGAAGACUAGUGACUCCAGCCGCCACAGAACGAGAGCGACAACAGCGUCGAGGUCAGGCUCAAGAUCCGUCAUUUCCAACUCCUCUUCCUCUUCUUCCUCCUCUGCCUCUUCCCCGCUAUCUUCCGCGUCGUCUUCCUCAUCUUACUCUUCCUGUUUAUCAACGUAUUCUUCGACAAACAUCCGUGGGCGUAGCCGGACGCCCAUCAGCGGGCCAGUGCGUCCCACAGCCCACAGGUCGGCGGGGGGACCACACGGGGGUAGUCCCAGAGUUCCCAGCAGCAGCCCUGUGAGGCUCCCCACCACUGCUGCCCAAAACGGUCUCGCCCUCGCGCCCACCAACCCCGCUCUUGUAGGACGAGUCGGCCCUGUGGCAUCGGGCCGAGCACCACCACACGCCAAGGUCCGGAAAGCAGCCAGUGCCUCCGACCUUCAUAAAGUGACGGAGGACUCAGAGGACAGGAAGAAACAGAAUGAUGAGGUGUUCAAGGCGUGGCUGAGACAGAAGAACAGACAGGCAACCGUCACCAAGAAACACCAUCACGCCCCAGUAGGAGGGAAGAACUCUCCCGAGGUGACCGAGAGGAGGAAGCGGGCCGAGGAUGCGUUCCAGGCGUGGCUGUCCAGGAAGAGGGAACAACUAAGGCUGGAGAAGAAGCUGAGGGGAGAGAGACGGCGGCUGGAAGAUCAAAGUCGCUAUGCCAGGUCCAAGACGGAGUGUGAACUGGCGUAUAAGGAGUGGUGUCGUCGUAAGAGAGAGGAGGUGAGGACUACGACUCGCUCGGGUGCUGGUGUGCCUCGCUCUCAAUCCCUGGAGAGACCUUGGGCCCAGGAGAAGACCCGCAAGCUCUACUCCGCCUACCUCAAUGGCCACUAACCCCGCCCCCUCCUCCUAUCCUUCUUCACCCAAGACACUUCUAGUCAACAGGAUGUCAUACCUGAACUUCACAACGGACUCACUUCAUCAGCGAAAAACAUCUGUACAUAGUUAAGGAUGCAUCUGUCUCCUCAAUAACAGAUGCAUUUUGUGGGCUACAGCUCAGUUGGCUCGCCACAGUGACAAUUUUGUGGGUUACAGCUGUAUAUUAGUCCACUCGAGUAAGUCAAACGGCCACAAGAGGUCCUGAGAACAAACACCUUCCAGCUCGUUGUUGUGGCGUGUGGACCUCGUGGCCUCGAUGACACAGGAACUAAUGCACUAAGUGUCUUACUGUAAAGUUAUCCUACUCAACAACCCCCCACAGGCUUAGGUCAGCCUCCAUAGAUUACCAAUGUGUACAUUCUCUAGUCAGUGUACAGGUGGUGUGUAUAAACGAACGAAAGACUAGGACACCCAGGAACUAGUGCACCUGUACAUUAUUUUAUUUAUUUCUUAGAAUUACCUGAAGAAUACCCCAACCACAGCUUUUUUCACCUGAAGAUUAAUCCCCCUAACGGUAACUUAACGUAACGUAACCUAACAUAACAAUAAACUAACUAACCUGACUCCCUGAUAGCGUUAGGUUGGUUAAUCUUCAGAUGAAAAAUACUGUGGUGGGGCAAAUCUUCAGGUGAUGAAUUUCUUAAAGUAAUUUGGGUAAACUUAUGUCUGCCACAGAAGGUUAAAGGUAAAGCUUGUUGUCUUUUUUUUUUUAGCACAAUACCUCCUCUUUUACAGUAUAUACACACAAGCUACAGACGUUAUUUACAUUGAUUUAUACUCAACAUCCCUGGUGGAUAUGUGUAUGUGAGGAAAACAAACACACGACUCACACUAUUCAGCCUGUGCCAAUCCCUCUCUUCUGGUUAAGAGAUCCGGUAGAAUGGUGUAAACAGAUGUGCGUGUGUCGCGUGGCUUAUAGAGAAUUUGUUACAUCUGAUCAGUUCUCAUUAUCGCUGCUUUACCUCGGGGAUAAGAGAUCAAGGAAGCUAAGGUACCAACAGGAAGGUAUUGUAAGCCAUUGAAAAAAGAAAAUGAAAACACCCGAGAAAUUAUAGAAAAUGAAUGUUGAAGGAGAAACUAUUAUAAAAUGAAAUGAAUCGUAGAGUUUUAGGAGUAUAAUAAUAUAAAAUAAGUUUAAACAAAAUAGAUACCCAGAACCCCUAAUCCCUAAAAAAAAAAAACAAGUGAUAGAUAUAUAAUCAAAUUUAUAAAUGUGUGUGUGUUUUAAUCCCUUAUGGAAGACGUCGGUAAUUCAAAAAUUGUAUUGCAUCAUUCCCUUUCCUUCUGGACGACGAGAAUCAACAGCACAAAAAAAUUGGUACUUAGAUAUUUAAAGUGUUCAUUAUUCAUAUGACCCAAGAAUAUGCCAAUCAAAACAGUUUACAGUCGAUGUUUGCUUCUGUCAACCAUUGUAAACAGCUGACGUAUAGCUUAUCCCUUCGCGUUCGAGUAUACAGUAAAUUUUCAGACCCUACAGUAUAAACGUAAUAAUAUUUCUUAAUAUACAUUUAGAUUAUAUAUUCCAAUCCCUUUAUUACCAUCGUUAGACUUGGAUAAUGUGAGAAAUUAUAAUAUUAAGAUAGAAUAGGUUGAGGGCGUAGCAAAACAUUAGAAAAUUACGUGAAGUGAAUGAUCCAGUUUAGAGGUUUAUUGCUGGCAGGAGAUGUCUCUGGGGCCAGUGUGUGGGUGUACAGGAGAGCAUCGUAGUUUAUUUGUUGAUCUGAAAAGAGUCAUACCAAUUUUUAACUUAAGUGAACUAUCAUUUUAUAAGUUCACAGAUGAAAAUACAUAGGGUUUUUUUUUUAGACCAGUUAAUAAACUAUAAAUGUCUCUUUUUAAAGCACACCCACACACAACUCCUUAAAAAUAUCAUCGUGGAAGAUCGCGUACCGUAAGCAGUGCAAUGGAAGAACGAGAGAUAGCAUACUGAGGUAGAUUCCGCAUACAACUGUGUUCAUUUAUAGCUAAUUAUAUAAUACUAAAAUAGAUAUAUUUAUUACAUUUAUAAAUAUUUCUUCUUCUUUUUUGUGGUGAAACUUCCAUAUUGGUGAGGGUAGAUUUUUAGUUAGUGCGAAAAGUCUGUGUUUUCAAUAAAUCUAGUCGAGUAAACACUGAAUUAAGACCCCCAAGUAACAUGAGUCACUUUAAAAUUACCACAGAUGACUAAGCUAUAUUCGCAUCAUUCACAAUUCAUCACAAACUUGAUAAUGAACCAAACAAACUUACUCUAACCGAUCAAAGGCAAAGCAGCCAUACCUCUCGAUCAUAAUCUCUACAACAUAACGUAAUAUAACCCCUGUACUCGUUAUAUAUUGUCUCUGCUAUAUCUGCAUUCUCAUACUAUAUUAUUAUAGUAUUGAUGAAUGCAAGACGGGAACCAAGGCAAGACGCACUAUGUAUAUAAUAUAUAUAUGAAUGUUUAUGUAUUAAUAUAGGAUGUUUAUCAUUGUACAGGACGUAAUGGUCAUCGUUUAAAACCAAGAUAUACUGUACAAUGAUUACAUUACAUUGAACUGUAACAUGACAGGAACAAGCGUGUACAUGACAUUUAGUAAUUACUGUAAUAACAAAA